AUGAAUCGGUUACAAGCAACUACUGUGCUGCUAGUGGCAUCGGUGGCGGCAGUGGCGGCCGACGUGGACACUACCGCUGCAGGACUUGGUCAGACGUCGCCGCCGCCUUCGGAUUGGUUCCGUGGCUGUGGUGCGACCGACUGGUCGGAGUGCGUGGCCAGGACGUUUAGGCUGUUGGAACAAUCGGACCGAUUGCAGAUAGCCGACGGCGUACGUCUGGUCAAGACGACCACAACGACCGAUAGAUCUACCAAGUAA